UCUUAUACCUGCUGCCCAUUUCCAGCCUCAGACUUGUGAGAUCAAGGACCAACAUGAGAGGUGAGCAGAGAAGGGACAGGACGUGUCCUUACUUCCCACCCCCACUGUUCUGGCCAGCAGCCAAGGACCUGCUACAAUGGGAUGGGGCAGGGGGAGGUUACAAGAAGUCCUUUUCCUCCUCUUGACACAGCAAAGCUCCUCUCCCAGUGGAGUGCUGCAGAGACACGCUGGCUUCACAUUAGAGGAAGGACGAAACCACCCUGCCUGGUUGGAGCACAGGGCAUCCGUGUCCCACAGCCCCGCUCUGCAGCCAGCACACAUGCCUUGGCUUAAGCUCCCACCCUCCCAGUUAUUCUCCAGGCUGUUGAGGUUCCAAGGCACCUGCCAAAUGCUCCCUUCUGGCCUCCAUGUGUGUGUUUGGGGAGCGGGGAGUAAAGUUUUUGUGAAUAUGAACUGAGCACAAAUGUUCCUGUGGAAGACUUGGGGGUGUUACCCACUUGGCCGUGGGCGGUCUGGCCUCACCGUUAAACUGGGAGUUUGGCCCCAGCACAGGCAGAGUCCAGCAGGGAGCCAAGGGACAGAAGCCAAAUGCUACUGCUGGACUCCCAGGUCACAGGCGGAGCUGGAGAUCAGCACUGGCGAGACAGGAGCAGCAGGCUGAGCCAGAGGCAGAGCUAAGGAUCACUGCUGGAGAGGCAGGAACUGGGGCAGAAGGGGGGCUGGGAGCAGCCUGGAGCAGGAAGUGGGGUUGGAGGCAUGCUGCACCCCCAGUUGCCCAACCAGCCAGCUGCUCUUCCUGGCCAGUCAGGCAGACAAUUUGCUGCAGGCUGGCUGUUCUUGCGAGCAAGCCCUAGGCAGAGAGUGACUCCGCUGCAGGCCCUGGAGGGAUUUUUAAAACAUACAGUUUGGCUCAUUGUUUUCCCCUUCUGUUUUUCAAAGCCAGGCUCCCUUCCUCACCACCGCUCCAACCUUGCAAGACUCCCAGAGCCUUUCAGUGCGGCAGGUAAAUCUCCGCUUUUUAACAGACACUGCAAAACUUAUUCUACUCCCCCCUGCCAAGUCUAGGGAAUGCCGUGAGUACCAGUAAAUGGCAGAAAACUUAGCACACCCACCGGCCACACGGCACGUGGCUUGUGGGGGAUGGCCUGCUGCCAGCAGCCUGCAACCAGCUGUCUGCAGACUUGGCAGACGUGACUGUUGUGUGUGUCUGCCAUGGGCAGGGAGAGGCUGAGGCAUUGCUCACUUCAUAACAUGUUUACCCCCUUGCACUCCGUCUCUCGUGGGCCAUUUCAUCUGGGCUCUGCUGCAAGGUUUCCAUCUUCUCUUGCCUCUGCUAUGGCUCUGGGUAAGAGUUACCAUGCUGCUCAGCCCAGCCUGUGCCUGAGAUGCCCUUUGACUUGCUGGUUCCCCAGCGAGGGAAGCAUCCUUAAAGCCAGUCUCCCCUGCCGGGUGGCGAUUCUCCUUUUUGGCUGUGACGCACUCUGGGGGAACGGCGUCAUGAGUAUGCUGCAAACCACAACUUCUCUUCCGCCUUCCUCUCUUGCUCUGACACCGGCACGAGGCUUCCUGAACACACACAGGUACUUUGGAGAACCAGUCAGGCUUCCAGGGGGCCACUUCUUGUUUUGCAGAGAUGAGGCAGCGCUGAGCGUUUUCCCCUGACACUCGCUGCGCUGGGCACCUGCGAGGGAAGCCUGGGACCCUCCUUCACCAGUAGCCCUCUUCAAGGCAGGGUCAAAUGGCUCCACUCCAGGUCACUUUGCUGCUGUUGCUUUCAAGCCUGCUCCAAGUCUCUGCUUAUGUCAGUCUUGGUGACCAAGAUGACGCAGUGGGAGCAGCAAGAGGGCUUCCUGAAGAUGGGGGCUCUCAGCCAGCCAGCCAGGGCCAGUGGGUGUGGGACACAGCAGAGGCUGGGAGCGCUGACUUCCCCGUGUUUGUCCGCGCAAAGAGGGAAGCUGAAGUGAAAUCAUCCAAUCGUUCUGCUGCAGAGAACACCACCGCCGGCCGCCCCGAAGUGUUCUCCAUGACUCCUUCUCAGCACCCCGUGGAGGAAAACGAAGUCUCACCACGUCCUGAAUGGCUAGAGGAAAACACCUCCCAAGAAAACCUCUAUGACGAUGUUACCGCUACAGCAGAGUCUUUGUCUGCUGCCAGCUCUGACAAUAUCUCCACAGACGCCCCCAGCGUUAGAAAGCUCAGCCCUCUUGAUACCUCAGCCAAAGCGACCCCCACUCAGGGCUCCAGCAACGUCUCCUCGGAAGCAACAUUCACUGGGAGAGAAGAAAUGCUUACUGGCAGUAGAGAGAGUAGGGAGCAUCGUUCCACUGUGGAGCCUCUGAUCCACAGGGGGCUGAGGGUCAGCUCACCUACUUCACCACCUGAACCUCUGGCAGAGUCGUCUGGUGUUUCCACAGCAGCCCCUGUGGGCGGGUUGGCCACUUCGAGGCAUGGCCACUCCACAUUGGGGAAGACCAAUUUCGGCCGGUGGCUCUGUCACAGGGAUAGUCCCCGUGCAGAGGAUACACCAUCACACCAAUAUCCUGGUGGGGAAGUGCCUGCUGGCCCCCUCCUCGGGGCUGCUGUCUUCAUCGUCUGCACCGCCGUCCUUGCCACCCUCCUGUGGCGCCAGAAGCAUGCCUACAAGAAGCACCAGUGCAACAACACUGAGAUGGUGUGCAUCUCGGCUCUGCUGCCCGACAGCGAGCCAGUGGCCAAUGGGGAGAAGCCCAGCAAGAUAAAGAGGAUGAAGCUGCUCACGGACAACAUCUCAGAGACCGAAGGAGACAAUGUGACUCUGAGCAGCUGGCUGCCAGACCAUUAGACACCUCGUCGCCUGCCCAGGGUCCCGAUUUUCAUUUCCUGGGCUUUCCAGCCCCUGCCCGCCCAGGCUCUAGAGUGACCUUAUCCAUCCCAACACUCCCCAGGGAAGCUCUCCCAAAGUGCCUUAGGUGACAUCUUACUAGGCUUAAAUUGCCUCCGUCUGUGUUAGAUGAAUAUGGGACAUAUUGUAUUUAGCCACGGCUGGACCCAGCCCUAAGACCUGCUGAGAAAUCUCCUCCCCGGAGGCACUUGGCAUCUGGCAAGACAAAGCCAAAGGGGUUCAUGGUGUCCCUGAUCAGUCUGUCCACCCGGUGUGGGGAUUUUGAAACUGCUGUUUUCUCGUCUUGACCCUCACCUGCCCACACAGUAUUACAGGGGCUGCAUCCUUAGCUGGUGUAACUCAAACAGCUCAAACAUCUUACCCCAGUGGUGGAGAUGGCCGACGGUGUUGGGACGCUGCUUUAAUUUAUGCUAAUGUACAAGGGGCAUGUUACUAUUUUGCACUUAAACAGGUGAUGGAAUCUCAAUGUAUUGUUCCAACUUCCAGUGAA